GUUGCUGUUGCCGCCGCCGCCGCCACCGGAACUUUCCACCACCACCUGCAAAUCUUCACCGAGAGAGCACUACUGGUACUGGUGCAUCUGGAAAUUCCCUAUAAAAAAUGUCAACGUUGAAGGAAAUCCUGACCCGUCGGCCAGUGGCAGCGACGAUCCGCUUAACAGUUCCAGCCGGGGGAGCUAGGCCGGCACCUCCAGUGGGGCCCGCGCUGGGUCAAUACAGGCUCAAUCUGAUGGCCUUCUGCAAGGAUUUCAAUGCCAGGACGCAAAAGUACAAGCCUGACACCCCCAUGGCCGUCGUCAUCACUGCCUUCAAGGACAACACCUUCGAGUUCACUGUUAGGUCGCCUUCGGUUACGUGGUACCUAAAGAAGGCGGCAGGGUUGGAGAAGGGGAGCGGGCGCCCCGGUCACGUGACGGCUUCCUCCUUGACCUUGAAGCACGUGUACGAGAUUGCCAAGGUGAAGCAGCAGGACCCCUAUUGUCAGUAUAUGCCUCUGGAGUCCAUUUGUAAGUCUAUCAUCGGAACUGCUAAUUCCAUGGGGAUUAAAGUCCAGAAGGAGUUUGAUUAGAUUUUUUUUCUUUUUAUUUUUGGUUCUUUUUUGUUGCUGCUACUGUCUUAGUUUUGUGCCGUUCUGUUGCUGCUUCAUUGUUACCUUUUUUUUUUUUUCUUCCGCUUUCUCUCCCUCUUUCCUUUGUUGUGUUUCUUCAACUACUAUGACUAUUUUUUUUCGGUACAUUUAAGAAUUUGGUGGGUGAGAGAGUACUAUUGGCUGAAAUUAAGUACAGUACUGCCAAUAGUACCAUUUCCGUGGCAAUUUAGUUACGGUGGAUGGAGUGGAAUGUUAGAUUUUACUACUAUAAAAUUUUUCAUGCUCUUU